AUGACAGCUCUCGCGCGUCCCCUAUGCCCACUCGACCUCCUUCCUGUCGAGCUAUUUGCCUCAAUUCUCUCCGAACUCGACCUUGCCUCGCUCCUCGCCGCUUCGUCCGUCUCCACCCUCUUCCGCUCGGUGGUUGCCUCCCCGCUGCUCAACCCUUGGCGCCAACCCAUCCGACGUGUGCUCCUCUCGUCCGACCCAUACCCUGCUGAGUUCGCCCUGCUAGGAGCGAGGCAGAUCGUGCCCCGCAGGAAUUGGAUCGAGAUCCUUGCCCUUGCACGAUUAGAAUGGAUCCUGCUGAGCGCGACAAUGCCCUCGCUAACAGAGAAGAUGUGGGAAGAGGCAUUCAAUAGGCGCUGGCUGCCGGGAAUGAGGAGGUGGAAGAAGGAGGGCAGCUGGCAGGAGGCGUUUAAGAGGACGGCGAUGAGGUUAUGGCACCGUUUAAAUACUAGCUGUACGGCAGAUGAGUCAUGGUGUCGAUAUGUACUCCUAAACCGUAACGGAAGUGCCAACCUCUGCGAAGCGUACGCAAGAACGUUCAACCCCUUGGCUGUUUUCGACGAGUUCAAACUGCAAGCCAACCUGAUGCACCUCGAGACGCAAGUGCGCCUUAUUGUUCAGUUUCUCGAUAUACGCGUCAUCGCCCUCGGUGUACUACACCAUGCAAGCUCGCUCUUUGUAAAUAGCAAUGCACGACAGUUGCUCCAUCCUCCCGGAGUCCAAUCAUGGAUUGAUGACUCAGAAACCAUAUCUGAUGGAACAGAAGCUUCUGACACUCUGGCAUCAAUGCCAUUGUCUAUCGCCAGCCAACGGUCUCUUCAAGUCGCAUUCACCCCUCAAAGCCUCCGAAAUCCUUAUACUCCCCUGCUGAUGCAGAAUGUCGGUAUACCACUAUCUCGUGCCCGCUCAAGCGGAUCGACCGACGAUGAGCCACCGAAUGGGCGGUAUAGAAGAAGAACUAUGUCUAACGAGCCGGGGACUGGCAUCCUCCGCCGCCUGACCGUGUCUCUAGGCGCUGGCAUAUUUGGUGUUGGGCAAGCAGAUGCUGGACCGGCCUCUCCGCAGAGUGCUGGCCCUGUUCUUGGCCGUUCAGCGUCGCAUCAGCCCGAGCAUACGCGCUCACAACCCCCACCGCCUCGUCAUACUAAUGGCCACACACACUCGUUCUCCGCAUCAACGUCAUCGCCGCUCCAGGCAGAGUCUGCCGGCCCUUCCUCAUCUCGUACUCAUACAACCACUGAUGACCCUAUAUCCUCCUCUUUGGCGCCUCCGGUCGGUGAGCUGACUUACCCGCCACUCAGAUACCCGACUCCUAUCAGCGCACAUCGUAAUUAUCCAAACUACACACCGGGCGGAGGCGACAAUAGAUGGAGAAGCAAGGGGACACUACUAGAAUUGGACGAAGGCGGGAAGCUAUGGGCGGGACCCAUGAUGAUCGUCGCACAGCUGGUGCAUCCAGACCACGCAGAAGUAGGGGAGGACCUGGAUCUGGUCGGGCAGACCAAGUGGGCGGCGUUCACAGUCCAAGACUUGUUUGCGAUCGCACCGUGGAUGGAAGAGCGCAUUACCAAAGUUGUAGACGGCAUGGGGCUCGGUGUGUUUUGA